AUGAGCUUCGUCAACAACUCGCGCAUGAGCGUCUACUCGACUGCGUCCACGGGGGCAAAUGCACCACGUGCCGCCACGUCGUCUACCACAACCUUGCUUAAAGCGCUCAACUCGGCAUUUCAACAUGGCGCACCGUACAGCCUCGAACCCAGCACGAGUCUGGUUGUCAACACUUGGGCCAAUGCCAAGACCAUGGAGAACGGCCGCGUCGGUGGCGCUGUCGACCUUGAGCUUGUCCGAAAGGCAUACGAGCACGCCCGCCGACGAGUUGAGGACGGUACCGUUGUGCUGAGCUCUCUCCAUGAAUCUACCCCCUCGUUAUUUGCGCCCACAAUCUCAGGGCUUCCCGUAUCUCUCCCAGACAGCUUUUACGUCGCACUCGAGGCCCUCAAGCCCUUGACACACUGCGUCACACCACAGAACCCUUCCACGCCACGCUACUCUGCACUCGCAGCUGUCUUCACAAUUGACGUUCUCGGCGAGUGCAGGGGGGCUGAGAUCAAGCUAUCCACCGCUGGACUUGAUACGAGGCAAGGCCUCCUCCAAGUUCCUGCACACGCCGGCUACCGCGCAUUCGACGUCUUCUACUACCUGAACUCGAGCUCGGCUAGCAAGCAGGAGAGAGAUAUCCUCGACAUUCAAUCCCUCGACAAGUACUCUCUCCUCAAUCGCUCCGGUACAUACGACCCCCCCUCGUUUCUCCCGGACGCCGAUGAUGCUGCAGCAGCCGAAGACUUCCGCAACAACCUAAAAAGCAUUGGUAUCAAGGGGCAGAAGCUGCGUGACGUGAUCAGCUCCCUGGCUGCAUUGCUAAAGCUGGGCAACACAUUGGACUACUUCCUCGACGAGGAAAAAUUGGAUGCAGCGUGCCAGGACUGUGGCUCUCUUCUUGACAUCUCGCCCGACAUGUUCAAGCAGCAGCUUGGCUCAAAUGAGCGGGAAGUUGCCAUUGGCGGUAUCUACGAGGCCAUUGUGGAUUACGUUCUUACCCAGGCCAAUGCUACUAUCAAGAACGACAUCAGGAAGGCCCGCACUGGUUUCUCCUCGACUGAUAGCGAUGGAAGCCAGCCUGGUGCCAUGACCCCCGAGUCCGAGGUUGACGGCAUGGAUCUGGUCAACAUCACGAUUGUCGAGAUUCCAAAUCGUGCUGUUGGCAAGGCAAUCGCUCUUCGAACCGUGUUCGACGACACAGAAGGCAUCAAUGCAGAAAUGAAAGCCGACGGUGUCCAGGUUGUAUCAGCAGGUAACUCUGUUCUCGAAAGCAUGAAGGAUGCUGUUCAGAGCUGUGAGGCUGAUCUUGGAAUUGAUGGUGCUGCACUUCGCGAGCUCGAGUCUGAGCUUGAAAGACGUGAGGCUAUUCUCGAAAAGAUCGGUAUCGAUGUCGAGGAGGGCAACUUUGUCAAGAAGCUUCUCUACCCCGUACCGCAGAGUGGCAUCGUCCUGGGCAAGCACAACCGUCUCGACCUGCCCAUGACCGUCGCGAGCAGUAGAGUAUGGUUCCAGCUGGCUAUCCACCCCACCGACGUCAUACCCACUUCUGUGACACAACAUCUCAAUUCCACUUGGCAAGCUGGAGUCGUUUCACGCCAGCUUCGUGAGUGGCGCCUGCCAGAGUGGGCGAACCGCCGCAAUCGCUUUCUUGACUUCACUGCCGACUUUGACGUACACGAAUUCUACGAGCGUUAUGCAGCACUCGGUUGCAUGGAUGGCAGGGAUGGCAUCACAAACUGGACCCUGCAGCGUGGUUGGAGCAACGGCGAAGUCGUCGUUGGAAACGAGCGCAUAUGGAUGAGGGAAGGCACAUGGUGGGAGGCAGAAUCCCAGCUUGAGCAGAUGAACGGGAACCAGGGCAUGAAUGCAGGCAUGCUUGGCGGUAUGGUCGGAGCCGGAGGCCUCGAGAGCGGCUAUCCUGCUCAGGCACCUCCCAGCAUGGCAGGCAGCGGCUUUUUCCCACCUCUCCCGGAACAACAGCCUCAGAACCCCUUCCAGAGCACGCCUAGCCUGGUUCUGCCCGCAGACGCCAAGUCUGUGGCACCCACGACCGUUACUGUGCCUAUGACUGCGGCUGGUGAUUACGGUCUCGGUGGCAAGGGUGACGAGAGCAAGGGCGUUACCUACUACGAUGCUGAGACCGGCGGCAACUCCAUGGUCACCGAGAUGCCAAUCACAGCUACUCGACGCAUGUGGAUCGCUUUUGUGUGGGCAGUAACAUUCUUCAUUCCCUCGCCUCUUCUGAAGUGGGUUGGUCGCAUGAAGCGACCGGAUGUUCGCAUGGCUUGGAGAGAGAAGUUCGUCCUGGUCCUCUUGAUCCUUCUUUUGAACGGAGCCAUUGUGUUCUACAUCGUCGCCUUCGGAAAGCUCCUGUGUCCGAACAAAGACAAGGUCUGGAAACGCACAGAAGUCGCAACUCAUCAGGGUGAGAAUGACUACUACGUCAGCCAUCAUGGUGUAGUGUACGACCUCACUUCUUUCUGGAAGAAGCAGCACAGCGAUUCAAACACGGAAGCCACUCGAACCAACAUGAUUGAAUUCGCUGGUUUCGACAUGGACCCCUACAUCAUGCCUCCUCUCUAUUUGGCCUGCCCAAACCUGAUCGCCAACAACACGCUUAACCGACAAAUGUACUUGACCUCAAAUACUACCAUCACCAACUCUCUGGGUGUUCACAAGUCCGGAUCGCAGACCAACCUCGCCGACAGCGCAGCUCUGAAAAACGACGAUUGGUACCCGAACGUGUUCCUUCCCGCCAUCAAGGAGUUCCGUAAAGGUGAUCUCGUCUGGGAGUCAAAGGCGAUCAAGGACGAGGGCGAGAACCAGGACCACAUGUGGUUCACAUUCGGCAACGACGUUUACGAUCUGACAGAUUAUUUCAAGACCCUUGACAUCAUGAAUGAUGGCGCACAGUACCAGUUCCUGGACCCCAAGUUGACAGAUCUCGUAAAGAGCAAGGCCGGAACUGACCUUAAGGAGGACUUCGAGAAUGACCUGAACGCCACUGCUCAAGCCUACAACCUCCAGUGUUUGCAGAAUGCUUUCUAUGUUGGUAAGACCGAUUUCCGAGACACCCCGAAGUGCAAAGUCAACGACUACAUCUUGCUUGCCGUCACCAUCGUGCUCUGCACCGUCAUCGUCAUCAAGUUCUUGGCCGCGUUGCAGCUCGGAUCGCGCAAGCGUCCGGCCAACCAAGACAAGUUUGUCAUUUGCCAGGUUCCCGCCUACACAGAAGGAGAGGAUCACAUUCGUAAGGGUCUCGACUCUCUGACUGCUCUGGCCUAUGACAACAAGCGCAAGCUCAUAUGUGUCGUCUGCGACGGAAUGAUUGUCGGAGGUGGUAACGACCGCCCAACUCCUAAGAUCGUAUUGGACAUUCUCGGUGUUGACCCAAAGGUUGACCCUCCUGCUUUACCCUUCUGGUCAGUCGGCGAAGGAAGUCAGCAGCUCAACUACGGCAAAGUCUACUCCGGUCUGUACGAGUUCGAAGGCAACGUUGUCCCCUAUCUCGUCGUCGUUAAGAUGGGCAAAGAGUCUGAGCAAUCUAAGAGCAAGCCCGGUAACCGUGGCAAGCGUGACUCUCAGAUUCUGCUCAUGAGCUUCCUCAACCGUGUCCACCACCGCGCCCAGAUGAACCCCCUUGAGCUGGAGAUGUUCCACCAGAUCAACAACAUCAUCGGUGUGGAUCCAGAGCUUUAUGAAUACCUCCUCAUGGUCGACGCCGAUACCAUGGUCAGGCCUGAUUCUCUCAAUCGUCUCGUAGCAAGCUGCGCCAAUGACUCUAAGAUCGCCGGUAUCUGCGGUGAGACGAGUCUGGAGAACGAAGAGAAGUCCUGGUGGACCAUGAUCCAGGUUUACGAGUACUACAUCUCCCAUCAUCUCGCCAAAGCUUUUGAGAGUUUGUUCGGCAGUGUCACCUGUUUACCCGGAUGUUUCAGUAUGUACCGUUUGCGAACGGCUGACAAAGGCAAGCCUCUCAUCAUCUCCGAUGCGGUCAUCAAGGACUACGCCGAUUGUGUUGUCGAUACCCUGCACAAGAAGAACUUGCUUUCACUCGGAGAGGAUCGUUACUUGACGACACUGAUGACAAAGCACUUCCCGACGAUGUCCUACAAGUUUAUUCCUGAUGCCUACGCUCUCACGGCUGCUCCAGAGACAUGGAGCAUUCUGCUUUCACAGAGACGUCGCUGGAUCAACUCAACCAUCCACAACCUGGCCGAACUUGUCUUCCUCAAGGACCUCUGCGGUUUCUGCUGUUUCUCCAUGCGUUUCGUUGUCUUCAUUGAUCUGUUCGGUACUCUCGUCCUCCCGUCGAUUUGUGCUUACCUUGUAUACCUGAUCUACUUGGUGGCUUCUCACACUGGACAAUUCCCCUUGAUCUCGAUUAUCAUGCUCGCUGGUACCUACGGUCUGCAGGCUCUGAUCUUCAUCAUCAAGCGCCAGUGGCAACACAUCGGAUGGAUGGUGAUUUACCUCAUGGCUUUCCCUAUCUACUCCCUGGUUUUGCCUCUCUACUCCUUCUGGAAGCAAGAUGACUUCUCGUGGGGUAAUACGCGUGUCGUUAUUGGUGAGAAGGGUCAGAAGAAGGCGGUGCUCACCGAAGAUGAGGGAUUCGACCCCAAGUCUAUUCCAAUGAUGCGUUGGGACGAGUAUGCCGAGCGGAACGAGCUUCCCGGACGUCGUGGCCUUCCUGGUCAGACGUCGGAGAAGGGCGGUUUCAGUGCGUACGAGGAUGACACUUACGAGAUGAACGACAUGCAAUCCGUCUACUCGUCGGUCAAGCCUGCCUCGACCAUCAUGUCCAACAUGCACCACAUCUCUCACAUGCCGCCUCAGUCUCCAGGCCCCUACCAAGGCAUGCAGACGCGCCAAUCGACGUACUCGAACUUCUCGCGUUACCAGGAUCACCCACAUCAGAACCAGAACGCUCAUCAGAGCCGUCUCAUGUCCAUGGGUGGCAUGAGCGAUCAGUAUGAUGCGUCGCCGUACGGCAACCGGCCAAACGUGGGUGGGUUCCAGAGCUCGGACAACCUCAUGGCGUCGACACCUCCGAUCCGUGGACGCAGUCCGCUUGGGUACGGCCAAUCGCGCCCGGGCAGCACGGUCAACUUCCAGAGCAUGAUGAACGGCCCCAGCGACGCAACGAUUGUGCAGGUUGUGCGGACAUGCCUGAACGAGGGUGAUCUCGACUCGAUGACCAAGAAGCAGCUUGUGGCGCUCGCCGAGCAGAGGCUGCAGACACAGCUCACUGGCGAGAGGAAGAUAUUCCUCAACCAGACGAUUGACACGGAGCUUGCAUUGAUGGGCUGA